UUUUAUUAUAGAUAGGUAUUUAGUAUAUUUAGUUUUAAUUAAUUUUCAUUAUAUCAUUCAUCAUUUUUGUAAAAAUUUAAAGUGUUCGCGAGCUCUUAUUUUGUGGGGAACGACGAGUUAGGUACUGUUAUGUCUAGGCAGGAAGUUGGAACCGAAAACGGCGCAGAGUAACAUGUUAGUAUGUUACCGACGGCUAGUCGCUUGUCGUCGGUCAGUGUGCACACCGUUUAAUCAUCCAGUCUUUCCAGUCUGCCCGAGUCGGUCAGCCUAGGUCGGGUGAAGUCAGCGGUUCGUUGAACGAACCCUCGUGUUCCUAUCCUAUCUCAUUCACUUCACUCACCACCUUCAAUCAAAUAUGACGUUUUACUUACUUUCAUCAUUGCAUUUCAUUUGACAAGAAAGGUUUGACAAAUAAACAAUAGGUAACGAAGCUCCUUUGGCUAAGUGUAGUGUGAUUAUAAUUUUUUUUUCAUAAUAAUAUGUUGAUUUUUAAGUGUGGAUUUAUUACAUUAACCUCUACCUACGCCCUAUCUCUCUGCUUUCAAGUUGCGAAAGAGACAAAUUCUUUGGAUAUUGGCCUUGCUUUUUUGUAUGUUGCCAGUGGAGUAAUAGCUGGCAAAAUCAUAUAUGACAGAUAUCAGCAAAUACAUGUGCUAGGCUCACUAACAUCCAAUCCAAAUGUGACUUCCCUUGCAAACCGGAUAGCUUCCUUCUCUGCCUCAUUUGUGUCAGUAGGCUUCCUGGUUUAUUACUUCCUCUUCCUUUUUAAGGUGGAUAAUCAUUGCCUCAUCGCAUUGAGUAUUUUCAUAUGCGGGUUUGGAACACUUUAUAUAUGGAUGCAGUGCAUCAUUACGGUGUAUCUUUCAACAUUGUAUUAUGACAAGAACUUGAUGGUGUUCCGGCAAUGUUUGGCAAAUCUGAGCUUCCUGAUAUUAGUGGUUAUGGCCACUUUCGGUAUCGUCACUUCUUUUUUACCAAGAAGUGGUUCCACUGGGAUAUACCUGAGUCUUCUUAUCACUUCCUUAUGUACUUAUACGCUUGUAGCUAUUUUCUGCAUAUUUAUACUAACUUUUGAAAAGGAGUAUGAAUAUUUUGCGGAGGGAUUGAGAUCGGAACUGUUGCUCGAUGACGCAUGUUCACUUAGUAAUGCGUCGCUUUCCGGCGUGGAUAGUUUAUAUCCUGAAGAGUUGGUGUCCAACGCCAUCGUUAUAAAGGGGAAUAUCAACUGCGCCAAGCUGUCCUGA